AUGGUCAACUUCGCCCUCCCCGCCCUCGCCACCCUGGCCUUGGCCUCCAUCGCCGGAGCCGCCCCUACUGCCGCCGCCGCCGAGGUCUUCACCUUCUCCGCCUGGGUUGAGGGUAUCAUCGCCAACCCCGAUGGUGACAACCUGACCCCCGAGGAGGCCGUCGAGGCCUGGCGUGCAUCGAAGAACAUCACCGACGUCGCCGCUGGUACCUCCCUCGAGAAGCGUGCCUCUUGCAACACCAUGCCUGGCCGCGAGGCCUGGAUCCCCGAUGCCGUUUACUGCAUCAACUACCUCGCCGGCAAGGGUAGCACCCGGUGUGAAGUCAGGUACGAUGUCGACUUCUGCACUGCCGCCCGCGCCAAGAUCUUUGGCCGUGGCCCCGGCACUGCCACCGUUGCUUCGUCUUGCAAUGAUGUUGCUCGUGGCGCUGGCUACAUCAUGGACUCCUGCUCUCGCGCUGACAACACCGUCAUGGGGUCCGAGUAUGCUCACGGCAACGGCGAUCUGCUCGUCUGGAUUGUUAACUAA